AUGGAGAGAUUCGGCUGCGCCGCAUUGGGCGGCGGCGGUGGCGGCGAGAGCGCGCAUUGGCGGCGGAUGUCUCUUCCAGCCAUGCUGCUCGGCGAGACCGUGCUAGAGAUCGUGCAGGCCAGCCAGUUCGCUCGGGACAUCGUCGCGGUGGCCGGCGCUACGAACCGGGAGCCCCCGAGGACUCCGAAGCCGGCGCCCAGGACCAGGAAGCCGGCAGCGGCGGAGCAGACGCUCCGCGCGCGGCGCGCCCGGGAGAAGCAGAGCCAUCGGGGCGGCGGCGCGGCGCGUGGCGCCGAUGCCGCCACGCCGCCUUCGCGCGGCCGUGUUCGGUCCCGGAUCCAGUUCAAGCCGGCCUCGCCGGUCGCCCUGGGCCGGCCGUCGGUGUCCGCCAACCGGGUCUCCCCCAAGAACCGGCCGUGGGCCAAGAAGGCGGUGAUGUUCCCGAACCCCGCGUUCCACGCCUCCACCUCCUACGCCGCCGCCGACGCGUGCGCCACGCCGUCGCCGUCCAAGAAGCAGAAGCGGUCCUACAAGACGCGGUCCCCGGUGGCCGCCCGGCAGACCCCGCACAAGUUUCUGGUGAAAACGCCGCCGAGCGCGCUAGGGUCCAAGCUCAGGAGCCACGGGAAGGCCCUGCCCGCUAGGUCCGCCGCGGUAUCCCCACCGCCGCCCAAAGCGCAGGCGUCACCAGCCAAGACCCGGCGCUGCUCGUUCUCCCCGUCAAGGUUGGCGACAAGGCUCGUGUCCCCGAUCAAGGCGAGGCUGUCGCUGGGCAGGAGCCGAGACAGCGGCGUCGGUGCUGGCGGUGGCCCGAUGAGCGGGCUGAAGCAGCGGCCGGGUGUCAAUAUGACCGUGCGGACGGUGUCAAGCAGGAUAUCGUCGAGGUGAUCUUCGUGUCGUCUUCAGCAUCUUGCGAAGUAUCGGCCGCGAGUACAGAUUGCAGAGUAAGAAGGGAAUUCAGUUGGUCUCCUUCUGAAUAAGCUGCUCUGCUGGGAAAGAAAUUCCUUUCUUGGGGUGCUUACACAUAACGCCUAUCUGUAAUUUUCAGUGAUCCUUGGUGAUAAUACAUGGUGGUCUUCUCGACCGUAUAAUCGAAAGGCAAAAUUUACAAUCUUAGUGCCGUUUUUUUUAAAAUGAAA